AUGGCUCGAGCUCGUAUAAACAUUAUGGACGACCUUGGUUGGGCCCGUGCCAAGUCAUUGAUUGCCAAAAGACGCGCCAAAAGAUGUGAAGUUGACACAAAACUUGGUUGUCAUGUUCCAAUUGGAUGUCGCACCCGAGAUGGUUACGCUCAGAUAUGGACAAAGAGCAAUGCCAAAGCGAAAAAAGGCCUCACUGGCAGGAAAGCUUCGAGAGCGUACCUACUUCACAUCGUCGCCUACGCGCAACUUCACAAGCGAAACCCAAAUGAUCACGUGUCACACCUAUGUGACAAUCCCGCUUGUUUCAAUCCUACACAUCUGGUCGAUGAAACGGCAAGCAACAAUAAUAGUCGGAAAGGCUGCCCAGGUCCAAUCUAUUGCUCUGACCACGGUUAUUUGAUUGUGAAUCUCUGCAACCACAACCCUCCUUGUAUUCGACCUCCACGCCAGGAUGUGCAAUGCUGUUUGUCGCACAAGGAAUUUCAGCCCUAG